AACGGGGAUUGAGUGGGGGGAAAAUAGAUGACGAUGAAAAAGAAGAAUUCGGUUGAAUAACACGCGGUGUGACGUUUUCUCGUCGCUUCAGACGCGUCCACAUUUCUUCCAGGAGGGGGCGCACAGCACGGAAAAUGUGAGGAAACGGCGCUGAUGUGAGUCAUCAUCGGACAGACGAACGGACACAGACACCAUCUGCUGCUGGGGGAAAAAAGUCUCUCCUGUGGGUUUUUUUUUCCCCCUGCAAACUACAUAUUUCCUGAUGAAUUUGCGCGGGUUUAGAUUCCAGAAACUGUCGUCUGUGGAGCUCAGUUGAAGACGGUCGUGUGUCGCAUCCCACAUGUACCUUUGACCAACAUUUUCCAGGAACAUUCAUGUCCGUCUGCAUUUCAAGCAUGAGUGUUCUCCCCCCUGUUCGACGGGACCGCGUUAUCGACCAGUUCCCGCAGUGUUUCAGGAAAGAGGCUGCAGUCCACACGAAGGCAGAUUUCAACAACAAAGUGAAGACGGCAUGUCAGGAGCAGCGCACCGGCACGGUGGGCAGAUUUAAAAUCUCUAAAGUCAUUGUUGUUGGUGACCUGGCUGUGGGGAAAACCUGCCUGAUUAACAGAUUUUGCAAGGAUGCUUUUGAUAAGAACUACAAGGCGACGAUCGGUGUUGACUUUGAGAUGGAGCGGUUCGAGGCACUGGGCGUUCCUUUCAGCCUACAGCUCUGGGACACUGCAGGACAAGAGCGGUUCAAGUGCAUCGCUUCUACAUACUACAGGGGAGCGCAAGUUGUGAUCAUUGUCUUUGAUGUCAAUGACAUAUCGUCCCUGAGUCAUGUGAGACAGUGGCUUGAAGAUGCCAUGAAGGAGAACGAUCCCACCGCCGUGCAGCUUUUCUUGGUUGGCACAAAGAAAGAUCUCAGUUCUCCUGCUCGGUACGCUGAGAUGGAACAAGAAGCGCUCAAAGUAGCGCGAGAGAUCACAGCGGAGUACUGGGCCGUGUCGUCGCUAACAGGUGAAAACGUGAAGGAGUUCUUCUUCCGGGUCGCAUCGCUUGCUUUUGAAACCAGCGUUCUUGCCGAGUUAGAGAAAAGUGGAUCGAGGCAGAUCGGCGAUGUAGUCAGAAUAAACAGCACUUCAAACAAUCUGUAUGCUGCAUCGAAGAAGAAACAGACAAACUGCUGUCACUGAGGACAGACACAGACGUCCAAGGGUACGACAUGAAAAAGGGAUUAUUUUUUUUUUAACCUAUGGACAACGGACUGUAACACAAGCACGCACGCUGGAGUCUGACUUCCUGAUGCUGGAAUUUGCUUUUUCUCUCGCUUUGAACGAUAACUGUUUUUUCCUCUGGAUGUGGAUUCCUACAGUGUUUCUCAUUUUAAAGGUCGUAUCACCAAAGAACCUCCAUCACUUCCACCAUGAGGACUUGUGGAUGUUUAUUUAGAAUAGAAAUCAAAUAUUUGGUUUUAUUUUUCACAAAGGGACGCCCUUUAUGCAGACAUGGAUUUUUUUUUUCUCUAAUAACGUUAUAUGUACUUUUUGGUACCAAACCAGUCACUGACAAACUGCCUCCUUCUUGAAUAUUAUCUUUCUUUAAUAUGUUAUUAUGGUACAUUUUUAUCACUCACCUUCAGCCGCUUACGCCAAUUAAGGGUCACGGGGCUGGAGCCUAUCCCAGCAGUAAUAGAGCGUCAGGCAGGGUUCACCCUGGACAGGAUGACAGUCUGUCGAUGCAAACAUGCAAACGCCACACAUAAAGGUCAAAGGUGGGAAUUGAGCCGUGACAUUCUUGCUGUGAGGCAACGGUGCUGAUUACUAAGCCGUUAUGCUGUUGUGUAUAUUUUUACAGCUAAUAAAACAUUUUUUUCAAAUUGUGGGGAUAUUUUUUUUUUAAUCAAGCUGUUUAGUACAUUAGAAAAUCACUAUGGUUUAGUUUGACCAGUAAAUGAAUGUUUAACAGGGUCUGAUAUGUGAAAGAAUGAUC